AUGAAUGACAAGAAGUUCUCCUUCAUGAUGGGCAUCUUCUGUAUCCUCAACACCAUCCAGUUCCUCAUCUUUGAAGUGAACGAGGUUGCAUAUAUUGGCUACGAGGACAACUUCAGCAUCUACAAUGAGACAAAGUCUGAGCUAGUCUCUUGGGUCACGACCUACAAGAAGAACAUCAACAUCUGCCUAUCCACCAUCACCCUCAUGGUCAGCUCCUUGUUCCUCUACUGCAUCCACAUCAGCAACUACGUGGGGCUGCUGUGCUACACCAUGUGGAUCAUCACCUAUGAGCUCCUCAGCUUCUCUGUGGUCCUGCUCACCAACGGGACCAUCAAAGAGCAGUUCAGGGAGCUGAAGUACUUGCACUUGAUUUUCCAGGUCUCUCGAAUGAUCCUGCACUUUUUCUGUCUGCCCUUCGUCACCAAGUAUGCGUACUCCCUUUACAAGGACCUCAAGACUUUAAGCAAGAUAGGCCGCUACCGCCUCUGUGCUUACUUAACCAUCUCAUUGGUUCAGUUCUCCACCCGGCAGCUGGAAGGAUCCUGUUGA